AUGAGCAGUAGUUCAUUCUCAAUUGCUGCUCCUUCUGCCAUUGCCAGUCUUCGCGCUUCUUAUCCAAUGGCGAUAACCUCUACUCAAUUAUUGCGCUUUUCAUUUGCCUCAAAAACCCAUGUGCUCCGACUAUGCUUUGCUAAUUCCGGACACGACACUAGUAAGCAAGAGUCAACUGAGUUUGGCAGCAGUUCAGUGGAGAAGCAGGGUUCAGGAAGAAAAGAAGGAAGGUUUCUAGCAUUUUCUUCGAAAGAGAUAUUGACAAGAUUGAAGAGAUAUGGUGUCUCUGGAAUUUUGUCCUAUGGCUUGCUGAAUACUGUUUACUAUCUUACCACGUUUCUCGUUGUCUGGUUCUAUGUUGCUCCUGCACCUGGGAGAAUGGGUUAUUUGGCUUCCGUUGAAAGGUUUCUCAAGGUAAUGGCAAUGGUGUGGGCAGGGAGCCAAGUCACUAAGCUUAUUCGAGCAGGAGGGGCUCUAGCACUUGCACCGUUUGUCGAUACGGGGUUAUCUUGGUUUACUGUAAAGUUUGGUUUGAAGUCCCAGGGAAAGGCAUUUAUGGUGAUUGCUGGGCUUUGUUUCGGGUUGACAUUCCUGAUGGAUAGAGCUAAUCUGACCAAAGUGAGUGAUCUUAUGGUUGUGGGGGAUGGAGCGAGGGACAAAGAAUUGGCCAGGAGCAGAACCAAAGUGAUUAAUAAGAAGUCCAGUGAUUCUGAGGAGCAAUUUUUCCAGAAGGUAGGACAAUAUUGUCAGUGCAUUGAGCUCUUCAAGGAACCAACUGGAGAUGUCCUGUCGAGCAAAGAAAGAGGGAGAAGAAGCCAAACUUUUGAAUGCAAAACUCUGGUAUGGAGGCUGCAAGGAAGGAGCACUGCUUGA